AUGGAUCCUCUCAACGCUCUACAUGCAACUUACCACAUCGUACUCUUUGGUAUUGAACUAGAUCAAGUCCCACUAGAAGUCAAAAACAGCUUGAAACUUGUACGUACCUGCCAUACUGACUUGCAAUAUCUUAUCGAAAUCCGCAACGAGUUGCUGCCCCUUCGUCAGAGACGUCCCAAAGUUCUCGAACGCGCCAACAGCAUCGUCGCAACAACCCACAAGAGCCUAGUUGAGGUCUGUGAAAUCGUGGAAAAGAGUCGUCCUCGGUUGAACAAUGGGAGGAACCCGUUCAGGAGCAGGUUGUCCUGGAUUCUACUCCACUCCGCCCAGUUCAAAGCACAAAGACCGGUCAUCAGUCGGUACCACGCUCCCGUUCGAGCAGAAUUGAACUUCCUGCGACAAAUUGCGCUGCUUGCACCCUCGCCUGAAAGUGUUAGCAAAGGCGACGAUGAUGGUGGGAAGAAAACGACGAUGUUGUUUGAUAACGUUGCACUCUUGGAAGACUUGAUCGGGAAGGCCAAUAUUUCAGGUACUAGACGUCUUCGAAAAUUCGGCAUCAUCAUUGACCUUGGCUUAGGAUCCGCGAACUCAUCUCCAGCUUACCCAAGCGAUAUCAAACCUCCCGAGCAAAGCCAACCACACGACUCAACAGCCAGCCAGACCCUCUUUGCUGUACCCUUGGGGCCCUUUACCGUAUCCUCGACCCCGUCUCCUUCAUUGAUACCUCGAGACUGUCCCAAACUCCCCACUGAUUUUCUCUCUCCCUCAUUAUCAACAAUCGAUAUCCCCGAGCACCUCCUCGACCAAACACGCGAUGCGCCGAGCGAACCUGAAUAUGAAAAGACAGGAAGUGACGGCCUAGAUUCGUCGGAUGGAGACAGAAUGUCACUUUUGAUCGGGGAUUCCGCAAAUAUGACACCAAUAUUAUCAUCAACGCCACCUGCGAUGAGAGCACCUACUACCAUGUCACCAUGGCCCCCCGGCGCUGAUCAUCUGUAUACACCAGCCUCUGUGGUGUCUCCUCUAUCGUCUUUGCGCGGAACGCCUGACUUCUCCAACUCGGAGACCACAUUGGGGAACCGGUCUACUUUGGCAAUGUCUCUGGAAAAUAGAGUUCAUGAGCAACGGCCAUUGGUAUUCCGCAACCAACAUCAAUCGGAGGAGCUUCAUCGUCGAGAUAUGGAUAGUCUGUUUAUUCCAGGGAUGGUUCGCCACGCGAUAUCAUCACGAAGCAUUUCAACUACAUCCUCAAAUCCCACACCUGCGCCGUCUUUGAUGCGUCAAUUCCGCGCGUGGUCAUCGCCGUCUUUUCCGCUGUUAGGCCAGCAUAGACACAAGGCUUCCUACCAGUCCAGCACUCCAAAUACAUCACCAUCAGAUACAACGAACGACUCCAAAGUUACAUCUCCUAGCUUCAUUCCUCCAGAUGCUCAAUUCGGUCAACACGUCGUCUUGAAUGGCCGCUUCCGUGCAUAUAGUCCCGGGAUUCGCAACGACGCUGCCACCAGGCGUCCCACCUCUCCGUCUCAACUCCGUCGGCUAGAUGAGCAGACAGUCAUUCCGGACUUCGCGUAUGAACAGCAGUCAUUGCGAUCAAAGACCCAUGAUCCUUACGACAAUCGGGAAAGACCUCCUCACCCGCUUGCGCAAGCCACAUCUCAAUAUUCUCUCCGGGGAGGCCAGAUAUCACAAACCAGAGAUGAUGUAGUGCCUCAGCAAGAGCCUGGGCAAGCUCGAGUUUUCGAGAUGAUGGGCUCGGUUCCGGACUGA